AUGGUUUUAAAUGCAAGCCGAGCAUUUAUAUAUUGUUGCGUUAUUUUGUUAAAUGCUUUUAGCUUUUUCGUUUUUGUUUUUAAAUGCGUUUUUGAAACGCUUUAUAUAUUUAAAAAAGUUAAACAUAAGCGUAAAGCUUUGUAUUUUAAAAACGUUUUUAAUUUUGGCUUAAGUAAAAAUUGUUUGGAAUUUUGGAAAUUAUUAAUUAACGUUUAUAGUGCUAACGGCCUUUUUAAACGUAUUGCGGUACUUUUAAAAAAUUAUUUAAAUUUCCAUUAU